UUUUUACAGUAGAGAAAUUCGCUUAUGGAAUUCGGUUCUGUUUAGGAAUGCCGAUUUGGAAGUAUGUCGUGUUGGAAAUGAUAGAAAACCACCGAGACGUACGAAGUAACAAUUGGGACUGUAAAAUGAGCCAAGAGCUUUUGGACUGACGUGAAAUGCAACCGGACAGUCUCUUUCAUUCGUAAGGCAACAUUUUAACAAAAGAUUGUUCAUCUGAGUUUACUUCCAGUCGUGGUUUGGGAUUGACAAAGGCGACUGUAUCCAGACAGAGGCGAGGGGGAAGCCUGUCGGGCUGUGUGGUGGCAUUUUGGCUGGGAAAAUGAUGAAGCGUCUCAGACAGACAGAAAGAGUUUUCCUCCAUUGAUCAUCUGUGUUUGCUUUUAGCAUCGAUUUCCUUUACUAACUCUUUGAUAUAUGUAGAGCUACAGUCAAAUGACACAGCAUAGUAAAACCAACACAGUCAAACCGUGGAAAUAUAAAACAUAAGCUUGUAUCUCUCUUCCAUUCAAGAGGAGACAUUCCCGAAAACAUCAAGACGGAACUGUCAAAAUUCAAAAGUGCCACUCGGCUGUUGUUGUUGUUUUUGUUUGUUAUUUUCUUUCGAAUACAAAGGUGUUUUACCAUGGUAAAAUGCUAAUUGGAUAAAAGCUGAAGAAAAUCAAGAAAGGAAAGCCCAAUGAGCGGCACACAGUCCACGCUUGCUGAGAGGUUUCCCAAAAAAGCGAGCAGGACAGGAAGUAUUCUCAGCAAGGACCAUCCCCCAGACAAAAAGCCCAAAAGCGACAAGGCGUCAGUCCCCCCCUCGCAUGAGUUUGACCCCACAGAACUGCCUGUUCAGAGUGUAGUAGCCGACGGAAGGCCAGAGUCUUGCGGGCUUGUGCAGCGUUGUGUCAUCAUCCAGAAAGAUGAGAAUGGCUUUGGGCUGACAGUGAGCGGCGAUAACCCUGUGUUUGUACAGCUUGUAAAAGAGGAUGGAGCUGCCAUGCGAGCUGGUGUUCAGACAGGCGACCGGAUCAUAAAGGUCAAUGGGACAUUAGUUACACAUUCAAAUCAUGUAGAAGUUGUAAAGCUAAUAAAAUCGGGCUCCUAUGUGGCCCUAACCGUGCUGGGGAGACCGCCAGGCCUGCCGCAGAUCCCCCUCUCAGACGGCGAGGUGGAGGAGGGGUCUCUCUUCUCGCUCAAUUCCCCUCACUCCCCGGGGCCCAUCGGUCCAGACCGCUCCUCUUCUUCCCCCAGCCCCUCGGAGCGCAAACCCACCCCUCUGCCUGUAUGGGCCAUGACGGAGGAGUACAGCAGGAACCCUACACCUAAACUACUGAAGGAAAACCAGGACGCCAAGAAGCACAUUCCUCAGCACCAGGAUCAGCUCAGCAAGCCCACUGGGACUGGACAGGAUGGCUCCAUAUCUCCAAGGCCAGGUGAAGGAGAGCAGGAGGAUGGAGGGGGAGAUUUGGAUCGACCCCCUUCCUGGCAGGGUGAUGCUGGAACGGAGCCAUUGUGGACCAACAAUAUCACGACCCCUGUCACGCCUAGUCCUGUCCCGGAGAGCCCAUGCCAAAGAGAGACCCCCUGCCACAGCCCAAAGACCACACCCCGAGACAGCCUCAACUCCUGUCCUUCACCGGACGCCGAAGACACACCUGAUCUUGAUUCUCAGUCGAGUAUGGGGAGCCCCUCCUCUCGCCCGGUUGCACACAUUAUUGGUGCUGAGGACGAAGACUUUGACACAGAGCAGGAACAGAUGAAUGGCCAGUGUAGCUGUUUUCAGAGCAUAGACCUCCUGAAAUCUCGGCCUGCUCACCUGGCAGCUUUUAUCCAUCAUGUGGUCUCUCAGUUUGACCCUGCGCCUCUGCUGUGCUACCUCUAUGCUGAACUUUACAAACAGACCAGCUCCAAAGAGACACGACGAAUCCUCAUGGAUACCUUCUUCGUAGACAAAACAGCUAGCUUGAAAGUAACAGUACCUGAAUCCAUCAUCACUGACCUGGAGCGGACUGCACACUCAAUUAAUGCAGAACGGAAGAGGCCGGAGCCCAUCUCAGAGGAUGUCCACCGACAGUACGUGCAGCAGCUGCAGGACACACUUCUACCUGACAUUCAGAAGAACCUAGAAGACUUCAGGCAAAAGCGCAGUAUGGGUCUGACGCUGGCUGAAGCGGAACUAGCCCGCCUGGAUACAGAGAGAAUGAGAGACCGCGUGGCUCCAGAAAAAGAACGAUCCUGUGCAGAGCACAUCAUCUCUAAGAUAGAGGAUGUACUACUGACGUCGCAGGCCACAGAGGAAGAUAAGUGUAGCACCGUGCAGUUUGUCAUACUGUCAUAUAUGAAGCAUCUCGGUGUAAAAGUGAAGGAGUCUCGAGGGCUGGAGCACAAGCCCAAGCUAAUGAAUCUUUUCCCUAAGAUAAAGAAAAGUAUAAAGCCUGAGAAAGAUGGAAGUGAGGAGAAAUCAAAGAAAACACGGUUUCCUAACGUUUUUCCUCAGAGACGGCCGAGCAGGAUUGAUGCUUCAUCAAGUAAGUUGAUGGCUCUGGAGCCGAGGCAGCGUCUGACAAAGCCUCAGCUGCCGUUGGGCACUGGAGAGCAGACAGACGGGUCGUCUCUUCCCAUACGGGGCAGUCAGUCCAGUGAGGGCUCAGAUGGCACCACUGCCCUGGUCACGUCACCUCCUUACAGCGCUCCAGCAGCACAGGGCACAGACGGCAUCAGCCGAGAGUCUGAAACUGGUGGACUUCCCUUAUCUGCACUGGCCAGAAUGGGAGAGGGUUCCAUCCCAGGAGAUUCGCAGGACUCCUCCUCUUCAAACACUCACUUUGACUUCAGCCCCUGCACACUGGAGCAUCUACAGGAAGAGGAAGCUGAGACAGACAAGACGCAGGACACCGGCACUCCUAGGCCUGACCGGAGCAGGAUGGAUCUGCUGGGCUCUGGAGAAGUGCAGAGUGAGGAUGAUCAGUGUGUUGAGGUGGAGCUGGAGCCUUCUAACUGGCAGACGCUGGUGAGCAGAGACGUCCUGUCCACACUUACCCAUCAGGAAAUCAAGAGACAAGAAGUCAUCAACGAGUUGUUCUACACUGAGAGAGCACACGUUCGGAUGAUGAAGGUUCUGGAGAAUUUGUUUUACCAGCCGCUGAUCAGAGACUCCAUCCUGCCUUCUGCAGACAUCAAAAGCAUCUUCAGCAACCUUGAGGAGAUCGUUCAGCUGCACAUGUCUCUAACGGAACAGAUGGCCGCUGUUCGGAAGAAGAAUGAGACGGCGCUCAUUGACUUAUUAGGAGACGAUCUGCUUUCCUGGUUCAGUGGGGAAGAAGAGGCGAAGAUCAAGAGAGCUGCGGGCACGUACUGCAGUAAUCAGCCUUUCGCCCUGGAACUCAUCAAGAGCAAACAGAAGAAAGACCAGCGCUUCAACUCCUUCAUUCAGGAGGCGGAGAGUAACCGUAAUUGUCGCAGGCUGCAGUUAAAGGACAUUAUUCCUGUGGAGACUCAGAGACUCACAAAGUAUCCCCUUCUGCUAGAGAACAUCGCCAAAUACACAGAGGACCCUGAGGAGAGAAGUAAAGUGAAACGGGCUGGCGAAUGCUGUCGAAAGAUUCUCACCCACGUCAAUCAGGAGGUGAAAGAAGCCGAGAACAAACAGAGGUUGGAGGACUACCAGAGACGACUGGACCUGUCCUCACUGAAACAGAGCGAGAACCCCAUGAUAGCGGAGUUUAAGAGCCUGGACUUGACUAAGAGGAAGAUGGUGCAUGAGGGACCACUAUCCUGGAAGGUCAACAAAGAUAAAACUAUUGAGCUGUACACAUUGCUGCUGGAAGAUAUAUUGGUGCUACUUCAGAGGCAAGAUGAGAAGCUGAUCUUAAAAUGCCACAGUAAGAAUCUGGCAGGCACCGCUGAGACCAAACACAUCUUCAGCCCCAUCAUCAAACUCAGCACUGUCAUGGUGCGCUCGGUCGCCACCGACAACAGGUCAUUCUUUGUACUGUCGAUGUCUGAUAAUGGAGCCCAGAUCUAUGAGCUGAUGGCCCAGACUGUAUCUGAGCAGAAGACGUGGCAGUGUUUGAUCACACAAAGAGCAGACUGCAUGAAGACCAAACUACACAACAUCAUUCCAUUACCUCAGACUGAUGGGGAGCGUGAAGAGGUCGAGUUGAUCAACUCUGGUGUUCAGAAACUAAACAAAGACGCUGAGCCCAUUUCUUUAGGUAGCAUUCAGUCUCCAGAAAAAGAUGACACUGAGGUCAUGUCUACUGAGGUCAUGUCCACUGAGGUCAUUUCAACCCCGCCAUCUAGUACCAACCCGUUUGAGACCAAAUCUGAUGAGGAGGAUGAAGAGGAAGAAAACUCAGUACCGGAUCAGGCUGAAGAUGAUGAAGAGUUUGUGGUGGCUGAUAUGACCGAUCGACUGACAUUACUGAAGCAGCGCUCGAGACUGGGCAUCGCCAUAGAUGAGGACGAGGCCGAGGCCUUUGAGCUCCAGCCACUCAGAGCUGAUGAAGCUCUCAGGACACUGGCGACACUGAGGCAGCUCCUGAUCAACCACAUGUCCAGUCAGGAGGACACAGACAGAGACCCCGAGAGAGGAGAGAAACGGGAACACGUGGCGAGGACGGGUUCUCAGCAGGGGCCGGAGAACAGCGCUGCGAUCGGGUCCACUGUUGAGAACGGCUCAGAGAGGGGCGAGAACAGAGGGGAGAACGCACAGGAACUGCCCUCCGGAGACACAGGCUUCUUUGAGACGUCUGAGGAUUGUGUCUCUGCAGGCAGUUACAUGGUGCUGGAGGUGUAUGGAGGUUCAGGUGAGAGCAGCACAGAUGAUGACGUGCAGGCCAACAGCGGGGAGCCAGUGGCCGGGGGAGACUCAGGCAUUGACUUGAAGAAGCUCCUCUCUUCCUCCUCUCAGAGCAGCGGAGGACCUAACGUCAACAGACAGAUCAUGACCCACAUACGUCUACUACAGGCCAACCUGCAGCACCUGAAGGAUACAGAAAUCAAGUAUAACCAGCUACGCCAAAGGCUAUCAGAGGAAACAGCUACUGACACAGAGGAAAACAAAGAUAAAAGUUAGUGAAGUGGAGCUCUUUCUGUUUAUUGAGACAGGAGGAGACACAGAGACACUGGGCUGCUCCAGCCCUGCUCCUCUUGAAACAAUGCUCAUGCACGAGACAGAA